AUUUACCUGAGGUUCGUUUCACAACCAGCCAAGGGUCAGCGCCCCUAUAGCAUGCAGGAGCCCGGCCCUCCCUGCUUCUCACCCACCCCCCACCGCCCCCCCCGCCAGCUUCCUCCCGGAAGGUCCCCCAGGCAGCCUGCGGCAUGGUCUCCAUCACCGAGUGGCAGAAGAUUGGAGUGGGCACCGCUGGCUUUGGCAUCUUCUUCAUCCUCCUUGGGAUCCUCCUUUACUUUGACUCAGUGCUCCUGGCCUUCGGAAACCUGCUGUUCCUGGUGGGUCUCUCCUUCAUCAUCGGCCUGAGGAAGACCUGUUCAUUCUUCUUCCAGCGGCACAAGCUCAAGGGCACCAGCUUCUUCCUAGGGGGUGUAACCAUCGUGCUCCUGCGCUGGCCUCUCCUGGGCAUGUUUCUAGAAGCCUAUGGAUUCUUCAACCUCUUCAAGGGCUUCUUCCCUGUGGCCUUUGGCUUCCUGGGCAAUGCCUUCGACAUCCCCUACCUGAGUGCGCUGUUCCGGAGGCUUCAAGGCAGCAGCUCGAUGGUCUGAGUAGCAGAGAUGAGCUCCUUGAACUUGAAGAGUCCAUCCAGGGGGCUGGAAGGGACAUGGGAGCCACCUCUGACUCCUACCUGCAGUGACUCACCUCCCCGUCUCACACACUUGGACCUUGCCCACUCCAGAAGGAUAGACAGAGCUGAGGGGUCGACUCCGAGGCCAUCGGGACUGUUGGGAGCCGGAACCCAGGGGCCCACAGAGGUCAGAGUGGGGCUGGCAUCACAUUUCCUGUGAUGACAGAAUAGAAAUACAAGAAAAGCACAGAUGA